GAGAGAGGGAGAGUGUGAGAGAGAGGGAGAGUGUGAGAGAGUGUGAGAGAGAGAAAGGGAGAGAGAGAGAGAGACGAUGGGGAACCCUGCAAUCACCAGUGGCUACUUCGCCCUGUGCUACGGAGCCUUGACACUCGCGGCGUGUCUACUGGGAGUGGCCGGGGGCUGCUUCCACCGGGAGAACCCCAAGUGCUGCACGGGCAGGAAUAACGACUGUUGGGAUUUCACCCGGAGGCGGGCGGUGUGUUACUGCGAUGCUUAUUGCGAGAAGACAGGCGACUGUUGCGAGGACUAUCACACGGUGUGUCAGAUAUCCGCUAUCGACUGCAUAGUGGGUCCGUGGGGCCCCUGGACUGAAUGCAGUUCCCUGUGUGGCAUAGGGAGCCGAGACAGAGGCCGGCUAGUCACCAUUCCACCCAGAAAUGGAGGAACACCCUGUCCUGAUUUGAAGCAGCGACGGGGUUGCUAUGGACACAACCCUGAAAGAUGUCACUCGGUUAAAGAGGUGGCUAAGAUUUUACCCGACUCAUAUAAAAGGAACUUCAAAGAUCCAUGGAAGAGGCCUCAUAUGAUGGCAAAGGAGCAGAAACCAAGUUACUGCGCUUAUUUUCGAAUGAAGGAGGUGAGUCCCUCUUGCCGCCUUGGGCUGCAGAUCAGUUAUCUGUUCCGGGAGAAAUACAUAUGCGUGGAAUGUCAAGGAGAAGCCAUGGGAAUCAGAGAUCGGUGCGAAGGUGAUGGACUGGAAGGAACCAGAACAUUCUGGACAGCAGCCUCCAUCCCUGGCUGCCAAGGAUCAUGGGUGCGUGAAUCUCUGCGUGAAAACUGCCACUGUGCCCCGCAGUCACUGAUCUUUGUUUAAUAUUGUUUUGGAUGUGAAAUGUAACAUCACAGGGCAACAGAAGUCAGCUCUGGAGGCCUACAGGAGUGAGGGGAGCCUGUGCAGAGCCAUCGCCACUUUCUGGACUCCUCAUUUGACAAUGAGACGAGAGAGAUGUAAAAUGGAUGAAGAAGAGACUAUAUAACCUUGCUGCAUGCUAUUUACCUCAGUAUCCUUUUACGUAAGCACAUGCAGAGACUUAUAACCUCACAACAGAACAAUGAAACUCUGAAAGCACAAAGAGAACAGCUAAGAACCUUUAAAACUUUUACCUCUGAAACUCUGCUGAAAGCUACCUCCAUAAACACACCUGCCUUUAUUAAAAAAAAACCCAAAAAAAGUAUUUUCCUUUUAACUGUUUUCUACUAUUUGUCAAGUUUUUUUAUUUGUCUAUCCAUAUGCUAUGUAACUGGGAACAGCAAAGAUGGGAAUGUCUAGAUACAAAGACUGAAUAUUAUUUAAAAUUACUUUUGAAUAAAUCCAUUAUCAUUAUAA